CGUCAGGUGUGCCUGCAAGCAAGAGCACCCGAGCAAAGGACCAGCACCACCAAAUUCGUCAUCAUUUGCCGUCAUCAAACACGAAAUUGUUGCGAAAUUGCGGCUGCACGUGUGUUUGUUUGUGUUCGUGAGUGUGUGUGUGCACACUUUCGCGUCACAUGUUACGUUGACCUGUUGCCUGCUCCAGACACACACGCGCUCCGCUUCUCGACCCCCUGCACGACUUGCACGCGGGUGCAUGCUGCAUCCCUGACCUCCACGCCUUCGCGCCUUCGCGCUUCUGCAUCGCCCACGUAACUCAGUGUAAGGCAGAGAGCGAGAGACUCGCACGCUUACACGUGAGGUGACGGGAGACUGAGCAACACCACGGCUGAGUGGCCAGCGCAACGGCGGCGACAGUCGCACCAAGCAGCAGACAAAGUUCAUUUCUAUUCACAUCACCAGCAGCUUGCACCUGUGGAGAUGGCUGAUGUGGACGAGAGGACAGACAGCUACCGCAAGGCAGUUGGACGGUCCAACAACAACAGCAACAGCAGCAACAGCCACAACAACAGCAGCAACAGCGACAGCAACAGCGACAGCAACGCUCAGGUUGCAGAGCAGCAGCAACGCUCAGGAAGCCAUCGCAAUGGCGAUGCAGAUGGCCCUGCAACCACCACCUCCACCACCGACAAGGGUGCUGGCAUCGAUGGGAAAGAAGAGGCAGCAGCGGAGCCAUCGUUCAAAGAGCACGCGCCCAAGGACGAGACGGCGCCCAGGUACACGCGCAGCCCCAUCGACAAGCCGCUGACCACCCCGCUGCGCUGGUUCAUGUACAUCACGUUCUCCUACCUCAACCCACUGUGCCGUCUCGGCGCCAAGCGCCAGCUCAACUCCGAGGACCUGUUUCCCAUCCCAUCUGCGGAGGAGGCGCGGCAGCUGGCCGACCGCGUGGAGCGGGAGUGGGAGAAGGAGCGGCACAAGAAGAACGGCUCGCUCGUCAAGGCGUACAUGCGCACCUUCUGGGGCGUGUGGUGCUUCACGUCUCUCCUGCUCUUCAUCGAGACGCUUUUCCAGAUCAUGGAGCCCGUGUUCCUGGGUCAAAUUGUGCGCAACCUGCAGAACGACGGCGACAGCCGCGACGCCUACAAGUGGGCCGGCGCCCUCAUCUCAACCGUGUUUGCGCAUUUGGCGCUGCAUCAUGUUGCGUUUAUGUUUUCGUGGCGGUGCGGAUAUCAGCUCAUGGCUGGCACCAUCGGCAUCAUCUAUCGCAAGGCAUUGCGCAUCAACAAGCAUUCGUUUACGCAGAUGUCGACGGGCCACGUGGUGAACCUCGUUUCCAACGACGUAGAGCGCUUCAUCCUCUUUUCUGUCAUGGGGCCAUACUUCUACCUCGGACCCAUCCAGACGAUGAUUGCGAGCUAUUUCGUGUGGCAGCAGCUUGGCGCCAUCACGCUGACGGGUGUCGGUCUCUACAUCCUCCUCCUUCCCCUCAACUACUUUCUCGGCAAGGUGUUUGCGUCCCUCCGUCACAGCGCCGCUGUUCUCACAGAUGAACGUGUCAAAGUCAUCAACGAGGUGCUGACGGGCAUGCGCGUACUGAAGAUGUACGGAUGGGAGGAACCGUUCCGUCGCAUCGUCCAGAACAUCAGAGACAAGGAGCUGCGUGCCAUCAAGCGCACGAACAUCAUCCGCGGGUCCAACAUGGCGUUUUUCGGCGUGUCGGCCGUGCUCACCUCGUUCCUCUCCUUUGUCACCUACCAGACCGUCAAGGGCGGGCUCACCGCAGAGAAGGUGUUCAGCACGAUUGCGAUGUUCCAGGCCAUCCGCCUGAACAUCUCCUUCUUCUUCCCCAACUCCAUCCAGCUGAUUUCGGAGCUUGGCGUGAGCUUUGAGCGCUUUGAGCGGUUUCUGCGUCUCCGCGAGCACGUUGCUCUCACGGACACGGCGCACAUCCAAGAAAACCUCCGAUCGUACACCGCCCCGGACCACACCAUCACCCAGGAUGAGGAGACCCAACUGCGGGAAAUUGCUGCCAAGCAUCGUGCCUUUGUGCACGUCAACAACCUCUCUGCAAAGUGGACGGAGACCAUGACGCUUCGCGAUGUUUCACUGACGGCCACGCCUGGGAAACUGAUUUCAGUCGUUGGUCCAGUGGGCAGCGGCAAGUCGUCACUGCUCAUGUCCAUUCUCGGCGAGCUCGACCCUUUCCAGGGCGCUGUGCACGCGUGUGGCAGCACGGGGUUUGCGUCGCAGGAGCCGUGGAUCCUCAACGCCACCAUCCGCGACAACAUCAUCUUUGGUCGCGAGUACGACCAGGAGCGUUUUUCGCGUGUCGUGAACACGUGUCAGCUGACCACGGACCUUCGGAUGAUGCCCGAUGGCGCUUCGACGGACAUUGGCGAGCGCGGUGUCACGCUCUCGGGUGGACAAAAGGCCCGCAUCUCCCUCGCGCGCGCCGUCUACGCAGACGCAGACAUCUACCUUCUCGACGACCCGCUCUCGGCCGUGGACGCAAAGGUUGGGCGGCAGCUGUUUGAGGGCUGCAUCCGUGGCGCGCUGCGGAACAAAGUCGUCAUCCUGGUCACGCACCAGUUGCAGUUCCUGCGGCAGGCCGACGAGCUCAUUGUGCUUGGAGAGGGCGGAGAUGUGUUGGCGCGCGGCACGUACGACGACCUGAUGGCAGAGGACAUUGGCCUCGCAAACGUCCUCAAGCAGAUUGACCACGACACAGAGGAGGCACACCACCAGCACCACGGACACGAGGAAGAGGGCGGCUAUGAUGAUGGCAGCAGCAACAGUCUUGUGGAGAAGGAGCACAGGCAGGAGGGUGUUGUUGGCUUUAGCACAUACAUGUCGUAUGCUCGUGCAGCCGUGCCCGCCCUGUUCAUUGCCGCGCUGUGGCUGCUGCUGUGCGCGGGUGCACAGGCGCUGCAGCUGAGUGCAGACUGGUUCCUGUCGUAUUGGGUUGAGCUUGAUGAAGCGGAGCGCAACAAGGACCGCAAUCUCAUUAUUUACGGCAUCCUCGUCGCGUUGUUUGUCAUCACCUGCUUUGGUCGCGCCAUCACCUUCAUGAUGGGCGCUGCUCGCGCGUCUGCGGUGCUGAACGACACUGCGUUCAAAGCAGUGGUUGCCACGAGCAUCCGCUUCUUCGACACCAACCCCGUCGGUCGUAUUCUCAACCGCUUUUCAAAGGACAUGGGCUUCCUCGACGACCUGCUGCCGUGGACGUUCUGCGAUUUCCUGCAGAACGUGUUUUUCGUGAUGGGCAUUGUGCUGCUGGUGUGCUCCAUCAACCCGUUUCUCUUCAUCACGGUGCUGCCGCUGGCAAUUGGAUUCAAUCUCCUGCAGCGCUACUUUCUCAAGACGGCGCGUGAGAUGAAGCGCAUUGAGGCCAUCAACCGCUCGCCCGUGUACUCCCACUUCUCCACCUCCCUCGCCGGCCUGCCCACCCUGCGCAGCCAGGACGCCAUGCAGCCCUUCACGCGCACGUUUGAGCGCUACCAGAACGACCACGGCCGGGCGUUUAUGGCGUUUGUGAUGGUGUCGCGCUGGCUUGGUGUUCGGCUGGAUGCCAUGACAUUCAUCUUCACGUCUGCCACGCUGUUUGGCUGCCUUGCACUUCGCGACCGCCUUGGCGCGGGUGAAGUUGGUCUGGCCAUCACAUACGUGCUGCAGCUCACGGGCUGCUUCCAGUGGGUCGUGCGCCAGGGUGCCGAGGUUGAGAACCAGAUGACGUCUGUCGAGCGGAUUGUGGAGUACAGCAAGUUGCAGACGGAGGAAGAGUUUGUUGGAUCGCCCACGGAAGAGAGCGUUGACAGCAACCUCAUUGCAAAGUGCAGCCCGACAUCGUGGCCGGCGGAUGGCAAGCUUGAGUUUGUUGACCUGUCGCUCCGCUACGCGCCAGACACGCCACUGCGGCUCGAUGGCGUGAGCUGCGUCGUGCCACCGGGUGCGAAGGUUGGCAUUGUUGGUCGCACGGGCGCGGGCAAGUCGAGUCUCCUCGCUGCCUUGUUCCGCCUCGCACCAACAACGGGCGACAUUCUGAUUGACGACGUGCCGAGCAGCCAGCUGCCCCUGCACGUGCUACGCCGCAAGAUUGGCGUGAUUCCGCAGGACCCGGUCCUCUUUUCCGGCUCUGUCCGGUACAACCUGGACCCCUUUUCCGAGCACGACGACGCUGCGCUGUGGAAUGCGCUGCGGCUGGUACAGCUUGAUCGCGCCGUCACGGCGCUACCUGGUGGGCUGGAGGAGGAGAUGAGUGAGGCCGGCGGUAACUUCAGCGUCGGGCAGCGGCAGCUCGUGUGCAUGGCGCGCGCCAUCCUGCAGUCAAGUCGGGUGCUUGUGAUGGACGAGGCAACAGCAAACGUGGACACGGAGACAGAUCGCCUCAUUCAGGAGACGAUCCGCACGCAAUUCCGCGACUGCACAGUGCUCACCAUUGCCCAUCGUCUGCACACCAUCAUGGACUGCGACCUCAUCAUGGUCAUGGAUGCCGGCAGGCUGGUUGAGUAUGCGCCCCCAGAGGAGCUGGUGCACAAUGAAGACUCACUGUUCUGCGCGCUGGCCAAGCAGGCGCGCCUGCGCAGCGAGACAGUGGUGAACGCGGCCUCACGUCGAACGUCAUCCGUCAAGUUCACCGCUUACAAGAAGAUGAAGGCUGCUGCUGCCGCUGCCGAGCUGGAGGCUAUGGGCGGUGAUGGUGUUGGUGUAGUGGAGGAGGAGCCUGGUGAUACCACUGGCGAUUGCUGUGACGAGGAGGACAACAGCAAUAGCGAGAGCACCUGCUGAGACAAGCUUAGGAGGCUGGUGUGCGUCGUGCAUAGUGUAGACUUACGUGAAUAUUGUAUUGUAUUGUUUGCUCUGUUUGCUCUGUUUGAUCGUGAAUAGUUACACAGUGCGUUGUUCCGUUUGCGUGGUGUAUGAGUUCGCUUGUUUUUGAAACCACUUGACGAAGGUUGCAUGAUGGCGUGGUGGCCUCACGUCAAGUAAAGACACAGCCUACCUUUGGUCUUUUGGUGUGGUGUUGCUGAGCAUACCCAACAACAACAACAACAACAACAACAA